AGAGUCUGGGAUCAGAAUAAAAGGACCGAUGGACAUCGCAUUUCCAUCCACUCACUGGCUGAGAUACCCACAGAUCUUGUGUUACCCUUCAUCUUGUUCCUGAAGACCCACAGCUGAGAUGUCCUGCCAGCAGAGCCAGCAGCAGUGCCAGCCCCCUCCCAAGUGCACCCCCAAGUGCCCUCCCAAGUGCCAAACCCCAAAGUGUCCUCCAAAGUGCCCUCCUAAAUGUCCUCCCAAGUGCCCCCCUGUGUCUUCCUGCUGUAGCCUGGGCUCAGGGGGUUGCUGCAGCUCCAGCUCUGGAGGCUGCUGCAGCUCUGGGGGUGGAAGCUGCUGCCUGAGCCACCACAAACCCCGCAGAUCCUUCCGUCGCCAUCGCCACAGCUCUGGAUGUUGUAGCAGUGGUGGCAGCAGUGGCUGCUGUGGCAGCAGUGGUGGCAGCAGUGGCUGCUGUGGCAGCAGUGGUGGCAGCAGUGGCUGCUGUGGCAGCAGUGGUGGCAGCAGUGGCUGCUGUGGAAGUAGCCAGCAGUCUGGGGACUGCUGCUGACCUGGCUGAUGAAGACUUCAGACAAAGGGUGCAGGAGGAUCACAUCACAUGCUCAGAAGACCCUCCCCCAAAUGCUUCAUGCUCUCUCCUCCUGCUUCCCUCCUUGCCCUGCCCUCUGAGAUGCUGAAAUUUCCAGGGAAAUGUUCUGCAUUCUAUUUCAGAGAUGACAAUGCCUCUUUGCAUCUUUGUUACAAAUAAAAAAAGCCUUGAGAACCAUU